UUCAGCGAGGACGUGCUUGGCUCCCGCCAUCUUGCGCGCUUAGGCGUACGGUCAGUGCGGGGAAUCCUUUUUUGGGACUGCUGACUCGUUCACCGACAUUGAGGCGGACUGGCAGCCCUGAGCGUCGCCGUCAUGCCGGCCGGACCCGUGCAGGCGGUGCCCCCGCCGCCGCCCGUGGCCACCGAGCCUAAACAGCCCACCGAAGAAGAUGCCUCUUCAAAGGAGGAUUCUACCCCUUCCAAGCCAGUGGUGGGGAUUAUUUACCCUCCUCCGGAGGUCAGGAAUAUCGUGGACAAGACUGCCAGCUUUGUUGCCAGAAAUGGUCCUGAAUUUGAAGCUCGGAUUCGACAAAACGAGAUCAACAACCCCAAGUUCAACUUUCUGAACCCCAAUGAUCCUUAUCAUGCCUACUACCGCCACAAGGUCAGCGAAUUCAAGGAGGGGAAGGCUCAGGAGCCUUCAGCCGCCAUCCCGAAGGUCAUGCAGCAGCAGCAGCAGGCCACACAGCAGCAACUGCCCCAGAAGGUGCAAGCCCAGGUGAUUCAAGAAACCAUUGUGCCCAAAGAGCCCCCUCCUGAGUUUGAGUUCAUCGCAGACCCUCCCUCCAUCUCUGCCUUUGACCUGGAUGUGGUAAAACUCACAGCUCAGUUUGUGGCCCGGAAUGGGCGCCAGUUUCUGACACAGUUGAUGCAGAAAGAGCAGCGCAACUAUCAGUUUGACUUCCUCCGCCCCCAACACAGCCUUUUCAACUAUUUUACCAAGCUGGUGGAACAGUAUACCAAGAUCCUGAUUCCACCCAAAGGCUUAUUUACAAAGCUCAAGAAAGAGGCGGAGAACCCCCGGGAAGUUCUGGAUCAGGUGUGUUACCGCGUGGAGUGGGCCAAGUUCCAGGAGCGUGAGAGAAAGAAGGAAGAGGAGGAGAAGGAGAAAGAAAGGGUAGCCUAUGCACAGAUUGACUGGCAUGAUUUUGUGGUGGUGGAAACAGUGGAUUUCCAACCCAAUGAGCAAGGAAACUUCCCUCCCCCCACUACCCCAGAGGAGCUGGGGGCACGAAUCCUCAUUCAGGAACGCUACGAGAAGUUUGGUGAGAGUGAGGAGGUGGAGAUGGAGGUUGAAUCCGAUGAGGAAGAUGAAAAACAGGAGAAGUCUGAGGAGCCGCCUUCUCAACUGGACCAGGACACCCAAGUUCAAGACAUGGAUGAGGGUUCUGAUGAUGAAGACGAGGGGCAGAAAGUACCCCCACCCCCAGAUACACCCAUGCCUCCUCCUCUGCCCCCAACUCCAGACCAGGUCAUUGUCAGAAAGGACUAUGACCCCAAAGCCUCUAAACCGCUGCCUCCAGCCCCAGCUCCAGAUGAGUACCUUGUGUCCCCCAUCACGGGGGAGAAGAUCCCUGCCAGCAAAAUGCAGGAACACAUGCGCAUUGGGCUUCUCGACCCCCGCUGGCUGGAGCAGCGUGAUCGCUCCAUCCGUGAGAAGCAGAGUGAUGACGAGGUGUACGCUCCAGGUCUGGAUAUUGAGAGUAGCUUGAAGCAGCUGGCUGAGCGACGUACUGACAUCUUCGGUGUGGAAGAAACAGCUAUCGGUAAAAAGAUUGGCGAAGAGGAGAUCCAGAAACCCGAAGAAAAGGUGACCUGGGAUGGCCACUCAGGCAGCAUGGCCCGUACCCAGCAGGCCGCCCAGGCCAAUAUCACCCUCCAGGAGCAGAUCGAGGCCAUCCACAAGGCCAAGGGCCUGGUGCCGGAAGAUGACACCAAAGAGAAGAUCGGUCCCAGCAAGCCCAAUGAGAUCCCCCAGCAGCCUCCCCCACCGUCCUCUGCUACCAACAUCCCCAGCUCAGCCCCACCCAUCACCUCAGUGCCCCGGCCACCUGCAGUCUCUCCCUUGCAGAUGCCACCUCCAGUUCGCACCACGGUUGUUUCUGCGGUUCCUGUCAUGCCUCGGCCACCCAUGGCCUCUGUGGUUCGGUUGCCUCCAGGCUCGGUAAUCGCCCCUAUGCCACCCAUCAUCCAUGCACCCAGGAUCAAUGUGGUACCCAUGCCACCCUCAGCACCACCCAUCAUGGCACCUCGACCACCCCCUAUGAUUGUGCCAACAGCCUUUGUCCCUGCUCCACCUGUGGCCCCUGUCCCUGCCCCAGCACCAAUGCCCCCCGUCCACCCCCCACCUCCCAUGGAAGACGAACCGACCUCCAAGAAGCUGAAGACAGAGGACAGCCUCAUGCCCGAGGAGGAAUUCCUGCGCAGAAAUAAGGGUCCAGUGUCUAUCAAAGUCCAGGUACCCAACAUGCAAGAUAAGACAGAAUGGAAACUGAACGGGCAGGUGUUGGUCUUCACUCUUCCCCUCACAGACCAGGUUUCUGUCAUCAAGGUCAAGAUUCAUGAAGCCACUGGCAUGCCUGCUGGGAAACAAAAGCUGCAGUAUGAAGGCAUUUUCAUCAAGGAUUCCAAUUCACUGGCCUAUUACAACAUGGCCAACGGCGCUGUCAUCCAUCUGGCUCUCAAGGAGAGAGGCGGGAGGAAGAAAUAGAUGAGAAACCAGUGAGAUUCCAACCGCUGCUGUUGGGUCUCUCUUCUCCUCCCACCACCUGUUGCAUACCCUGAAGACUGCUUGCACAUUCGUCUCCCUUGUACCAAGUUUGGAAGUUGGAUCUACAGUGUUUCCUUCCCCGGACCCCACCUUACCCACAGUAAUGAGAAGCAGGCAUUUCUGAGCCACACUCCUCCUGGUGAUGCUGAGCUCGUUUAUGUAAGGCCUUGAUUUGGAGAGGUGCCUUCUCUUCACAGCCGAUUAGGUAGGAAGCUUGCAGGAUAGCAUCACAGUGCCAAGUGGUACUUGGCUAGUAGGAUGUCAUAGAUCUUUGUUGUUAAUCAUUUUGUAUCUUGCCUUGGCUUGUCUAAUAAACCUCUUGGACCCUU